UGCAGCGCCGUCUACUAUUCUCAGGACAAAAACACGCGCGUUCGGCGUUCGUUUUCAGCCACUGGAGGUUGUGUUAUUGCUUCCCUUAUUUUUGAAUGCUCUAAGUGAAGUUCGUGGAUACUUUGACGAAAGAACUUGAUACAACUCGCGUAUCCAUUCUCAAGCCGGAGAAAUGGACGCUGACUUGUAUGAUGAGUUCGGAAACUACAUCGGGCCGGAGCUUGAGUCUGACGACGAGGAAGAAGAAAGUUAUGCCGGUCGGGAUGUUGAUCAAGAUCAAGAUUACGAUGAUGAUGCCAAUGACGAUGGAGAUGCAGACAUGGAUGUCGCUCCCAUGGCUGUUGUACUCCAUGAGGACAAGCAGUAUUAUCCAUCUGCAGCAGAUGUCUUUGGUCCUGAAGUAGAAACUAUAGUACAAGAAGAGGACACUCAGGCACUGACGACUCCACUGAUAGCACCAGUGAAGGAGCACAAAUUCCAAGUGAAAGAACAGCAACUGCCAGACACUGUCUACAGCAUGGAGUUCCUUGCUGAUCUUAUGGACACACCUACUCUAAUUCGGAAUGUUGCCCUGGUUGGCCAUCUUCACCAUGGUAAAACCACAUUUGUUGACUGCCUGAUGCAACAAACUCACCCUGCUCUAGUCACUAAUGAAGAAAGAAAUCUGCGUUAUACUGAUACACUUUUCACUGAACAAGAGCGAGGUGUCAGCAUUAAGUCCAUGCCUGUGACACUCGUUUUGCCUGACAUUAGAUCCAAGUCACAUCUUUUCAAUGUGCUUGAUUCACCUGGACAUGUCAAUUUCUCUGAUGAAGUUUCUGCUGCCAUGAGAAUAUCUGAUGGUGUUGUUGUGUUUGUUGAUGCUGCUGAAGGCGUCAUGCUUAAUACAGAACGGCUGAUCAAACACGCUGUUCAUGAAAAACUGGCCAUUACUCUAUGUAUAAACAAAAUUGAUCGCUUGAUGCUUGAACUUAAGCUUCCUCCUCAAGAUGCCUAUUACAAGUUGAGGCAAAUUAUUGAAGAAGUCAAUGGUCUCUUGGGUCUCUAUUCAGAGGAAGAAAAUCCCAUUUUUGUGUCACCUAUUCUUGGAAAUGUCUGUUUUGCAAGCGCACAAUAUGGAGUUUGUUUUACCCUAAAAUCUUUUGCAAACAUAUAUGCUCAGACUUAUCCUCAAGUAAAUGUAAAAGAAUUUGCCAGACGUCUUUGGGGUGACAUGUAUUUCAACAGCAAAACCCGCAAGUUCUCUAAGAAAUCACCUCAUGGGUCAGCUCAACGCAGCUUUGUUGAGUUUAUUUUGGAACCGCUGUACAAGUUAUUUGCCCAGGUUGUUGGAGAUGUUGACUCAACUUUGGCUGAUGCUCUUGAAGAACUGGGUAUUCGUCUCUCUCGUGACGAAAUGAAGAUAAAUAUUCGUCCCCUCCUUCGAAUGAUCUGUGGCAGAUUUCUGAAGGACUUCAGUGGCUUUGUUGAAAUGUGUGUGGAACAUAUACCUUCUCCUGCUGACAAUGCUCGUACUAAAGUACAGCAUGUUUAUACUGGUCCAGUGGAGUCGGAUCUUGGUGAUGAUAUGUGUGGAUGUGAUCCUGAAGGUCGCUUAAUGGUUCACAGUACAAAAAUGUACCCAACUGAAGAUUGCACAUCCUUUGUGGUUCUUGGUCGGGUUCUCAGUGGUACACUUCAUGCUGGUCAAGAAGUUAGGGUCCUGGGUGAAAACUACAGUCUCCAAGACGAAGAGGAUUCUAGAAUCCUAAAUGUUGGCAGACUCUGGAUUUACGAGGCUCGCUACAAAAUUGAAGUCAAUCGCGUACCAGCUGGCAAUUGGGUACUUAUUGAAGGAAUUGACCAACCCAUAGUCAAAACAGCCACCAUCACAGACACAUCAACAGUUGAUGAUUUAUUUAUCUUCAGACCACUUAAAUUCAACACUCAAUCAGUAAUAAAGAUUGCAGUUGAGCCAGUCAACCCCUCAGAAUUGCCUAAAAUGUUAGAUGGACUACGUAAAGUGAACAAAUCUUAUCCUCUGCUAUCGACCAGAGUUGAAGAGUCUGGGGAGCAUGUUGUUCUCGGAACAGGUGAACUGUACCUGGACUGCGCUAUGCACGACUUGAGAAAAAUGUAUUCUGAAAUUGAUAUUAAAGUGGCAGAUCCAGUUGUAGCUUUCUGUGAAACGGUGGUUGAAACAUCUUCCCUUAAAUGUUUUGCUGAAACACCGAACAAACGGAACAAAUUAACUAUGAUUGCAGAGCCCUUAGAAAAGGGGCUGGCAGAGGACAUUGAAAAUGAGGUUGUACAUAUAUCUUGGAAUAAGAAGAGACUGGGUGAAUUUUUCCAAACAAAAUAUGACUGGGAUCUUCUUGCUGCCCGUUCCAUUUGGGCCUUUGGUCCAGACACUACUGGCCCAAAUAUUCUUGUUGAUGACACAUUGCCCUCUGAAGUUGACAAGAGUCUUCUUAAUUCGGUGAAAGACUCCAUUGUGCAGGGUUUCCAAUGGGGUACAAGGGAAGGACCUCUCUGUGAAGAGCCUAUCAGGAAUGUCAAAUUUAAAAUUUUGGAUGCAGUUAUUGCUAAUGAGCCUUUGCAUAGGGGAGGUGGUCAGGUUAUCCCCACUGCCCGUAGAGUUGCAUAUUCUGCGUUCCUCAUGGCCACACCCCGUCUUAUGGAGCCAUACCUCUUUGUGGAGGUACAGGCGCCUGCAGACUGUGUGUCCGCUGUUUACACAGUUCUGGCCAAGAGAAGAGGGCACGUCACUCAAGAUGCACCUGUACCAGGAUCUCCACUGUAUACCAUUAAGGCAUUCAUCCCAGCAAUUGAUUCAUUUGGAUUUGAGACAGACUUGAGGACACACACUCAGGGACAAGCAUUCUGCUUGUCUGUCUUCCAUCAUUGGCAGAUUGUACCUGGGGAUCCCCUGGAUAAAAGUAUCGUCAUUCGUCCUCUGGAACCUCAGCCAGCUACUCAUCUCGCCCGAGAAUUCAUGAUCAAAACUAGAAGACGCAAGGGUCUAAGUGAAGACGUGUCCAUUAACAAAUUCUUCGAUGAUCCUAUGUUGCUUGAACUUGCUCGUCAAGAUGUCAUGCUUAAUUAUCCACUUUAAAUACCCAAGUCUUAUUUAUAAGCCUUUUUGGUCGAUUGCACUGUACAAAUCUUCAUUGUUAAAUAAACUUAAUCUUAUGAUUUUUAAAAUUGUACCAAUAA